AUGUGAUGGUCGUCUGGGAAACACAGACAAAAGGUCAGCUGCUCACUCAACCAAGGGAAAAAGGUUUUCUGCUGCAGUUCCUCCGUAAUCAUCUUCAGAUGCCUGAAAAGGGCAUACUCGUAAUUGGACUGUCAUUUUCCCUCCAAGAUGAGGACUUCAUCAGCAACGAAUCCCAUGCAGUUCAGCCUUUGGUGGAUUCAACCUUUUUUCUCGUGCAUUACCAUCAUUACAGAUAUCCUUCCAUUAGCUGUCAACAGCAAGUUAAAAAGAAAUGCCAACAACCCAAAGGGAAAGAAAAUUUUCAAUGUCGGGAUGAAUAAACGUCGACUAUAUAAGCAACAGCAGAGUCGACCGGAUUGUGUCAUUCCGGAAGGCCAGAGUAGAAAAUCCUGUGGAGUGGUUUUUUCUAAAAAAUUUUUAUUGGAGAAAGUGCCGAAAGGAUUUCAAAAGAAGAAGAAUGGAUAAUAAUAAUCGAUCGAUCCUUGUUUGGAUUACGAUCCUUGUGCUGUCGGCCGGUUCGAUUCAAAGUCAAAGCCGGAGCUCAGAUUAUCAGCCAAUGAACGGAGUGGGCGAAGCGGACGGGAUCGGCGUCGGCCCGUCUCCAUCACAUCAUCAAGAUUUCUCGAAACCGGCCCAAGGUUUAUUCCCGUCCGUGUUCAACUUGGCGGCCGACGCCGAUGUGACAUCCAACGCCACAUGCGGACAGUCGGCGUCCGACGGCCCGGAAAUCUACUGCAGGCUGGUCGAGCACGUCUACGUCCGGGAACCCCAAUGCGGAGUAUGCGACGAUAAAGACGCCGAGUACCGGCAUCCCAUCAGCAACGUGAUUGACGGAACCAACAGCCGGUGGCAAAGUCCCACGCUGCAGAACGGCCGACGCUUUGAAUGGGUCACCAUCACCCUCGACCUCAAACAGGUUUUCCAAGUGGCUUACGUCGUCGUCAAAUCGGCCAUCUCUCCGCGACCGGGCAAUUGGAUAUUGGAGCGCUCGCUAGAUGGCGUCACUUUCCUUCCUUGGCAGUACUACGCCUUGAGCGAAGCCGAAUGUAUUUCCCGGUACGGAAUCGAACCCCGGGAAGGUAAUCCGACCUACAGGAGCGACAGCGAAGUCAUCUGCACGGCAUUUUAUUCCAAGCUGGAUCCCCUUGAAGAUGGAGAAAUUCACACGUCGUUGAUCAAAGGACGGCCAGGAGCCCGUCUUCCGUCUGUCGAGCUGCUGGACUUCACCAAGGCCCGAUACGUCCGUCUGCGGCUGCAGAAGAUCCGGACGCUCAAUGCCGAUCUGAUGAGUAAAUUGUCCAGCAAGAACCUCAACAGCAUCGGCGACCAGCAGCAGUCGGAAGCGGAUCGAUCCCUCUACCAGCGGCUCUUUUAUUCCAUCAAGGACAUUUCCAUCGGCGGCCAGUGCGUCUGUAACGGACACGCUUCCGCCUGUCCUUACCACCCGGAAGUGGAGCGGGCCCAGUGUCGCUGCGAGCACAACACGUGCGGAUCCAACUGCGAGCGCUGCUGUCCGCUCUUCAACCAACGGCCCUGGAAGGCCGGCACUAUGGGCGAGGCGGCCGUUUGCGAGCAGUGCCAGUGUCACGGGCACGCCCAGCAGUGCCGCUACGACCCGCAGGUGGACAGGGAGCGCCGGAGUCUGUCGAUCCACAACAUUUUCCAGGGCGGAGGCGUUUGCCUCAACUGCACCGACUUCACGACGGGCAUCAACUGUCAGAAAUGCCUGGACGGAUACUUCCGCCCGGCCGGAUCCACCCUCACCGCUCCUUGCCUUGCGUGCGGAUGUCAUCCGGAAGGAUCCAGCGGAUCUUCCUGCAGCGAUGGAUCGAUCCAGGACUCGAAUUCCGGACAGUGUCGUUGCCGAGUCGGAUUCGCCGGAAGUAAAUGCGAUCGAUGCGCUUCCGGCUACCACAGUUUCCCCAAUUGCGAGCCGUGCGGAUGCGAUACGGCCGGAAUAUCCGAUCCGGGCUGUCGAUCCCCCUGCCAGUGCAAAACGAACGUCGAAGGCGAAAGAUGCGACCGAUGCCGGCCCGGAUUCUUCGACCUCCGCCAAGACAAUCCGGAAGGAUGUUCGCGUUGCUUUUGCUUCGAUCGCUCCGGCCGCUGCGUGGCCGCCGACCUGGGCCUGACCAAAAUCAGCAGCAAGACGGGCUGGCUGGUGACGGACCUGCAGGGCCGGCGGGUGGUGACGCCGACGGCCGAGCCCAACGAAAAGGACGGCCACAACAACAACCGGAGUCGACUGUCGAUCGCCAACGACGACAUGGCCGACUUUGAGAGCUACUACUGGCUGGCCCCGCCCGACUACCUGGGCAAGAAACUGACGGCCUACUCGCAGACGGUCAAAUUCCAAGUGGCCUGGGUCAAGGCUCGAGGCGAUUCGGCCGGCAAGGCCACCAAAGGGCCGGACGUGAUUAUGGAAGGUGCCGGGAUGAAGAUUGGCUACGGGGAUCGAUCCUACCACCGCGAUAGCAACACGACCAUCAGCUGGACGCUCCGGGAGUCGAAGCACUGGUACCACAUACCGGACACGGUGGCCGACAUUGUCAGACGCAGACGGACCGAGUACAAGGGCGAGGCCGUCACCAAAACUCAGCUGAUGACGGUCCUCAACGACCUCGGCCGGCUCCUAGUCCGCGCCAAAUUCCACACGGACCAAAUUGAAGGAGUGUUGCACGAUGCGGAAUUGGAUGUCGGAUCUGAAGAGUCGACGAGUGUCGAACGGGCCAGAGGGAUCGAACAAUGUUUCUGCCCGCCCGGCUAUGCUGGACUCUCUUGCGAGGAUUGCGCCUUUGGUUACGUCCGUCGCAAUAGCAGCCGGCGCGGGGAAUUCGAAUGUCUGGCCUGCCAGUGCAACGGCCACGCGGCCACUUGUGACCUCGACGACCUGACGGCCUGCAGUCCGUGCCUGCACAACGCGGUGGGCCGCCAGUGCGACGCCUGCGCCAGCGGAUACCACGGAGACGCCCGUUCCGGUGGCAGCUGCAAAAGGUGCCGCUGCCCCCUAGACUCUCCGGCCACCAACAAUUUCAGCCCGACCUGCCUCACCACCGGACCGGACACUUACGUCUGCGAUCAAUGUCCGCCCGGCUACGAAGGCCACCACUGUCAAAGGUGCGCUGACGGUUACUACGGUAAUCCGCUGGUGGCCGGCGGAUUCUGCCAGCCGUGCGACUGCAGCAGCAACCAGGAAAUCGGAUCGUCGGAUUGGUGCGACAGACUGACUGGCCAAUGCCUGAAAUGCAAAACGGGCACGGCCGGCCAGGCUUGCCAGUUGUGCGCUACCGGUUACUAUGGCAACGCUACCGAAGGCACCUGCCAAGAGUGCCGUUGCUACAACCAAGGCUCGGCCAGCAACCAGUGCGACAUGGAGACGGGCCAGUGCCAAUGUCGGGAUCGUUUCGUCGGCAAACAUUGCAAUCGCUGCAGGGAUGGAUAUGGAGACAUCGAGGCCGGCUGCCGGGACUGCCAGUGCGACCUGGUGGGCUCACUGACGGCCUCGACUUGCGACGUCCAAACGGGUCAAUGCAACUGCAAGCCGGGCGUCGGCACACUCGCCUGCAAUCAGUGCCUGGAAGACCAUUACGAUUUCUCCAUUAACGGCUGUCAAGGGUGCAAUUGCAAUCAAUCAGGGUCAGAGAGGAAGACGUGCAACAUCAUCACGGGCCAGUGCGAAUGCCGGUCCAACGUCAUGGGCCUCAAGUGCGACCAGUGCCAAGUUGGAUACUGGAAUCUAAUCUCUGGCCGGGGAUGUCAGCCGUGCGGAUGCGACGGGACUGGAGCUGUCGACCGGACUUGCCAUCCCAACACUGGCGCCUGCUAUUGUCUGCCCGGCGUCGGCGGACAGUCGUGCGAUAGGUGCCUGUCCGGAUUCUUUGGAUUCUCAUCGGCCGGCUGCAAAGAAUGUGAACCGUGUGAUAAACCGGGCCACAUUUGUGAUCCGGACACGGGACGAUGCGUCUGCCCAACCGGAACUGAAGGCCCACAAUGUCAGACCUGCGUCGCCGGAGCCUGGAACCACCAUCCACUCAAAGGCUGCAAAACUUGCAAUUGCCAUGCCCAGGGAUCUCGGUCCAGUCAGUGCGAGCAAUCGACGGGCGCUUGUUCGUGCCGUCCAGGAUUCGCCGGAAUGCAAUGCGACCGCUGCAUCCAGCCCGGCUUUUACGGCUUCCCCAUGUGCCAGCGCUGCGACUGCCAUCCGACGGGCACCGACACUCUCAACACCAACGGCCACUGCCACCAGCAGGACGGCCAGUGCCCGUGCAAGGCCAACGUCAUGGGCCGUCGCUGCGACACUUGUAAGGACUCGACGUUCGGAUUACUCCAAGUCGGCCCAGCAUCAACCGAGACGGACCAACAUCAACACCAGGAGCUGAUGACUAGACAUUCAUUCGAUGAUGGCGGAUGCACACCUUGCUUCUGCUUCGGACGCUCGUCCAGCUGCACCCAGGCCCAGCUCUUUUGGUCCCAGAUGAAGAUGGAAGGAAGUCGAGGGUUAAUGAUUACGUACGACCCGCCCGGCCCGGAUGCGCCUAAUAACAUAGCCAAUCCCAACCAGUUUCCAGUCAACACCCAGGAAAUUUGUUACAUCAACUUGGCAUUACCUGGGGACGGCCAACUUCAAUUCAAGACGGGAGAGACGCAGUUGAACGUGACCAACAAUUUGCGGAUCGUUCCGGACGUUCGAGGUGACGUCAUGAUCGGAGUCAGCCAAUUUUUUGACACUCCGCUCUACUGGCAGUUGCCCGGCUCCUUUUCCGGCGACCGGACCACCUCCUACAACGGCCUGCUCCGAUUCACGGUGACCAAUCACGGCGGAUCGACUCUGUUCCCGGACAACAUUCUGGCCACUUAUCCGCUGGUUCAGAUCCAGGGCAACCGCAAGAUCAUCCUGGAAUAUUAUCCGCACGCUCCGCACCCUAACGGCCGCUACCAAGUCCGAUUGCACGAAAGUCUGUGGCGGAUGAAAAAUAAUCCGCAAGCCAAAGUCAGCCGGGCCAUGAUGAUGGUGGCCUUGCAGAAUGUCCAGCACAUUUUGAUCAGAGCCACCGACUCGAUGGAUCGAAUCAAAGCCGAACUCAAGGAUGUCAGCUUGGAAGUGGCCCUUCCGGCCUCUCCGGUCAAUUCCACCACCCACCGGAACAGCCCGGCCCUGGCCAGGGGUGUUGAAACGUGCCAGUGUCCAUUAGAAUACACUGGAGGCUCCUGUCAGGAUCCCCAUCGGGGCUACUAUCGCCGAUUCAAGUACGACUACGUGUCCAGCACGGUGCUGAUCGACCUGGUGGGCGACGCCCAGCCUUGCCACUGCAACGGCCGGAGUGAAACUUGCGACAGGGAGACUGGGCGGUGCACCAACUGCCGGGAAAGUACCACUGGAGAUCAUUGCCAGCAGUGCGCCAAGGGCUUUUACGGCGAACCCAACCAGCCGGGCGGAUGCCGGCCGUGCGCCUGCCCGUCGACGGACCGCAAUUUCGCCGACUCGUGCCAACUGUUGCGCAACGGCUCGCAGAGUUGCCAGUGCGCCCGGGGAUUCCGCGGCGACCGCUGCCAGAAAUGCGACUACGGAUAUUACGGGAAUCCCAGUCAGGGCGUGGCCUGUCAGCCGUGCCUCUGCAACGUCAACGGGAGCGUCAGCGACGAAUGCCACGAGCUGACUGGCCACUGCAACUGCAAGCCGGGCAUUACCGGACGCGAUUGCACUUACUGCGCUCCUCGUCACGUCAUCAGCCCCACCGGAUGCACCUCUUGCCAGGAUGGUUGCACCGGGGCGCUGUUUGCCGAAGUGGAUGAGAUGGCCAGCAUGAUUGCCCGUUUCAACGUGACGGAAUACGUUCCACUGCCGUGGACGGGCCUGUUUUACCAGCAAAACGUGACGGUCCUGCUGGAACAGACUUUGGUGGAACGGCGGGAAGAGUACCAGAUCACAGACCGGCUCCUAACCGGCCCCAACAUCCUCCCACUGGCUCAAAUAACUCUGCAACGAGCCAAGGAGAUGGAAUCGCUGGCCGAACGGUUCCAGACGGAAGCCGCUGAUUUACAGCCCGUCUGCCUAGAGUCCCAAGAGUCUUCCAUUUUAGUGUCCAGCAUCUUGGAAGAAAUCAUCGCCUAUUUGAAGAACUACGCCAUUGGCGAGACGCCGUCCGUCAACAUCAACAAAGCGCUGGCCGAAGCCGAGAAUCACUGGACGUACAUUCAGUCGAUUGACGUCACGGCCAGGAAAUCCAACGCGGCCCGCGAGCUGGAACGCAGCCGCAAUUUGCUCAACAGCCUCGGGAACCUGUUUGAUGACGGCAGCGACACGGCCCAGGUGAGGGACCACCUGGAAGGCUUCAAAAUCCGACUGGACGACCUGGAAACGUACAUCUACAAGAGUCGCAACUCUACCGAAGCCGCGUUCCAGUCUUUGUCGUUUAGUAACGCCACCCUGGACUCUAUCCGUCGAUCCAUUGCGGAAAUCACCGGCAAAUCGACUCAGAUGGAUGUCGAUUUGAAUUUGGCGCGCAAACAGAACGUGAAUGCUACGCUGGCCAUCAGCCGUGCCCGGGCGGGUUUCCAGGGAUUGACGACGUUGCUGGAACAGCUGAAGGGCAAGAAAGCCCAGUGCUCGUCCAGGAAGAGCGAACUGAGCCGUUUGAACCCGGAAUACAAGAAGAAGUACGUCCAGGCCGCCCAGGUGCACGCCAAUCAUUUGUGGAAACAGGCCCAGGGGCUUUUCAAUCAGUUCAACGCCACCAGGGACGUGGCCGACCAUCCGCUCCAGGCGGCCAACGCCUACAAAUCGAUCGUCGAGGCCCUCAAACUGGCCCGGCAAGCGGCCGAAGCGGCCGGCGAGGCUGCCGAAACGGCCUACGGGCGAGCCUAUCCGGACGACGUGGACUUGUCGCUGGUGGAGCAGGCCAGGAUUUCCAGGGAUAAAAGCCGGGACUUUGUCCAGCGAUCGGAGCGUCUCAAAACGCUCGUGUCCAGUCACAAGGAGCAGCUGAAAGGGGAACAGAUCAAAUUGGAUUCGGUGGACUCGAUCCUGAAAAAGGCCAAGUCCAUCAACGACGAGACCAGCGCCCACCUGGACAAGUUGCCCCAGGUCCGCGACAAGGCCAAGGCGGCCGUCGAGAAAUCGACGGACGCCCUGGGCAAAUCCAACGUCGUUUCCAAGCAAAUUAUGGACAUUAAGGCCCAAAUCGAUUCCGACCUCAGAGUCCGUCUGCUGGCCAUGCAAAACGGCCGCAAUGUCGGCCUGGGAAACAUCCCCAAACUCGUUGACGACGCCCGGAAGAAUAUGAAACACCUGGACGCCAAGAUGACGCAUUUGACUAAAAAGAAUUUCGAAUUCCGGUCCAUCAAUUCCAGCGUGUCGUUGAAGCUGGACGAGUUGCGCAAGAAGAUCAUCCGGGCCAAACAGGCGGCCUCCAGCAUCCGCGUUUCUCUCUCUGGCAAUUCCGGCUCGUGCGCCAGGAGUUUCACUCCACCGCUGCAGCCCAGCAGCGUGUCCAGCAUCAUGCUGACGUUCGCCUUGAACCACAAGGAUCGCGACUCGUUGCUCUUUUACCUGCCGGCCACCAAGAAGCACGGCAACGACCAGGAGACGGACUUUUUGGCCGUCGAGAUGCUGGACCGUCAGAUCCGGUUCCUCUGGAACGCCGGCGGAGGCACCACCGUCCUCAGUCAUCCGCUGAAGCUCCAGCCCAGUCCUGACGACCUGUCGGACGAUUCCCGUUGGUACAAGAUCGAAGCCGAGCGGACGGGCAACGUUGGAUCUCUCCGGGUGCGGCCAGUCAAACCGGAAAACGAUCGGGACAUUGAAGGAGUGACGGUGACUGGUGCCGGACCUGCCCGUUUCACUAAAAUCGACCUGACGACGGGCGACAAGCUCUACAUCGGCCGGGUGCCGGACAACGCCCCGACGGACCUCAAGACGAGCAAAUUCAGCGGCCACCUGCACCAAUUGUGGUACGACGGCCAGCCGGUGGGUUUGUGGAAUUUCAUGUCGACCAGCGCUGCCGGAUGCAGUCCGUCGAUGGAAGGCGCCCAGGAGGCCAAAGACGAGUCGUCGUUCCGUUUCAACGGCCAGGGCUACGCCGAGCUGGCCCAGAUCCCGCGCUACGAUUCCCGCCAGUACAGCAUCACCUUCAGUUUCAAGUCCCUGGACGAGAACGCUCUCCUCUUCCUGGCCAUCAACGAGACUCACCUGGGCCAGUACAUUAGCCUGGAGCUGACGGAAGGAUUGAUCCGCUACCAGGUCCGCUACGGGUCCGGCUACGAGAUGUCGCUGCAGAGCCGCCAAAAGUACAACACUGGGCAGUGGGUCAAAGUGGAAGCGUCCAGGGUCCUCAUCCGAGGAGUGGAGACGGCCCUGCUCAAAGUGGCGGAUGACGAGGAACUCUCGGCCGCUCCUUUCAAUUUCGGAGUGCCCGACCUGGAACUGGAAGAAGCCAAACUUUACGUCGGCGGAUUGCCGCCGGAUGUCAGCAUUUCGCCGGAUCUGAUGGGCUCCGUUCCGGGCUCCUUCCUGGGCUGCAUGAAGGACCUCCAGGUGGUAGCCUUUGGCAUGAAUCCACUUCAGGGAUCCUUUUACGGAGUGGAAGCCUCGUGCGGAUCGCAGACCAUCAACAAGAUCGUGGCCUUUGCCGGAACUGGAUACAUUCAACUCCGGGCCGCCAGACCUACCGGCCGUGACAUGAAUUUCGGGUUGAGCUUCAAAACGGAAAUGCCCGAAGGCAUUUUGUUCUUCUCCGCACCGAUUCCGGCCGAAUCCAGCGACGAACCGGCCAAUGAUGAAGAGUUGCCCAUUCGGUUGCCUUUGAAAAGUGACAAGGAGGCGGACAUGAUGUCGCUGACGAUCCGCCAGGGCAAACUGGACGCUCGAUUCCGUUCCAGUGCGGCCGAGGUCGUGUCCAUCACAUCCAGCGGAGUUUACAACGACGGCCAGUUCCACAAUGUGGUGGUGGUCCGCACCGGAAGAAAAGUCGAAGUCCUGGUCGACGACAUUUCCAUCGGGACGAUCCGGCUGGCCCGUCAAGUGGGCGGAUCAUCUUCUUCCGGCGCUUAUUCCGGCUCGGAUUACUCCCACUUGAUGCUGGGAGGCGUCCGUCCCGAGUGGCUGUCGAUGGCUUCCGAUUUUAUCGGCACCCAGCACUCGUUCACCGGAUGCAUUGCGGAUUUGAGCUUCAACAACCAACUGGUGGACCUGAGCUACCCCGUCCGGCACUCGGCGGCCGCCGUCGGGCGCUGCCAGCACGUGCCAGUGCCUCGGGUGCUGGAAGAGCGGAUGCAGGCCAACGAGAACGCCCUGGCCUCGUGCCGGGAAGUGCCCCAGUACACGAUCGAGGGGCGGGCCUUUAAAUUCGGCGACGCCCCCAACAGUCACGUGAUGAUUUCGGCCAAUCGCAAGGAACUGCACAACAGUUUCAACUUUACCAUGGACUUCCGCACUCACUACCCCAACGGCCUGUUGCUCUUCUCAUCCCAGAUGAAACAGAAGAAGGCGGCCAAUUAUUUGCUGGCGGCCCUGAAGAACGGCAAAGUGGUGGUCAGUUUGCACGGCCGCCGGAAGGAGGACUUGAUUUCGGCCGGAAGCGUCAACGACGGCCAUUGGCAUCGAGUCCACAUUGUCAAGGACAAGCGUAAAGUCGUCGUCAUGCUGGACGAUUUCGCUCCUCUGAGAGCCAAGGCGCCCAACAAGUUGCAGCUGGACGGCCAGCUGUUUGUCGGCGGCCUGCCGGAGAGUUCGCCGCUGCUGGACAACGCGGCCGCCGAGGGCUUCAAGGGUUGCAUCCGCAACUUGAACCUGAACGGCCGCUCGCACGACCUGGCCAGCAGCAAGAACGUGAUCCAGCGAGUGGGCCAGUGCUUCGCCCACGUCGAGACGGGCUCCUACUUCCCUGGUGACGCCUACGCCGUUUACAGCGAAGACUUCCGCGUCGGGGCCAUGGCCGACAUCCAGCUGGAAUUCCGGACGACCGAAUUGAACGGAGUUUUGCUCAGCGUCUCUGAGCGCAAAGGUUCACCGUCCUUGUCACUGGCCAUCGACGACGGAACGAUUGUUUUCGCCGUGGACAUGGGUGACAAUCGAACUUUUUCCGUCAGCCAGAGCUUCGCUUCUCCGUAUCAGCUGUGCGACAACCGUUGGCACUCGGUCAAGGCCAACUACGUCGAGAACGCCCUCACGCUCAAGGUGGACCACCAGGACGAGCAGUACGGAUUCUCCAGCAACGGACACGUCAAGGAGGCCAAGACCCGCAAUCCGCUCUUCAUCGGCGGCCUGCCCGAACUGGAGCCGCAAGGGGCGCUGCGAGUGCGCGAUAACUUCAAGGGCUGCAUCCGCAAUGUGGUGAUCCGCGGCGAGAUCAAGGACUGGACCGACAUGGCCCGGCUCAACAACGUCCUCCUUAACGCCUGUCCCACUAACUAAUCAAAGUGCCUGAAAAUCAACCGGCCUAUUAUCCAAUUAGCCGAAAUACACAAAAACCUAACCAAAAA